AUGGCCACUAACUACAGUGCCAACCAGUACGAAAAACCUUUCUCACCCAAGUAUCUGCAGAACUGGUCUCUUGCCAAGCCAACAAAAGAGAGGAUUUCUUCCCAUGAAGGCUACACUCAGAUUAUUGCCGAUGAUCGUGGUCAUCUGCUGCCUUCAGUGCCCCGUUCCAAGGCAAGUCCUUGGGGCUCCUUCAUGGGCACCUGGCAAAUGCCUCUGAAGAUACCCCCUGCUCGGGCGAUCCUGACCUCCCGUACCGCUGCUGGUGCGGCCUCCCUCACCAAAUGGAUACAGAAAAAUCCUGAUUUACUUAAGGCCUCCAAUGGGUUGCGUCCUGAAAUCUUAGGCAAGCCCCAUGAUCCAGACAGUCAGAAGAAACUCAGGAAGUCUAUCACAAAGACUGUACAACAAGCACCAAGUCCCACCAUAAUCCCAAACUCCCCAGCCUCAAAUCUCAAUUCCCCAGAUCAACUCCAAAGCUCACAUCCCUCUGCAGGUCACACUCCAGGUCCCCAAAGCCCACUCAACUCUCCAAAGUGCCCAUCUGGAAGCCCGUAUUUGCCCUGUGCAGGCCGUAAUGUAGCCGAGAUCCAGAAAUGCAAACCUGCAACUCCGUAA